UAUGAUAGCAAUCUCCUGUAAGUCGGACUUUUUCAAGAAUUCUCUGAAGAAACCAAAUAAUGAUUUUCUUACAUCAUGACUUAAUCUGAAUGCAGGAGCAAAAUAAGUUUUGUCUUUAAAUAUAAUGAAGGGUUGUGUGUAAACACGGACCCUGACUUAAUUCUAAUGAGCAUUUUAGACAUGAGCUUACAUCGGCAAAUGGGUUCAGAUCGAGAUCUCCAGUCUUCUGCUUCAUCUGUGAGCUUGCCUUCGGUCAAAAAGGCACCCAAGAAAAGAAGAAUUUCAAUAGGCUCUCUGUUCCGGAGAAAAAAGGACAAUAAACGGAAAUCAAGGGAGCUAAAUGGCGGGGUGGAUGGAAUUGCGAGUAUUGAAAGUAUACAUUCUGAAAUGUGUAUUGAUAAGAACUCCAUUUUCUCUACAAAUACCUCCUCUGACAAUGGAUUGACUUCUAUCAGCAAACAAGUUGGAGACUUUAUAGAGUGCCCUUUGUGCCUGCUGCGGCAUUCUAAAGACAGAUUUCCUGAGAUAAUGACUUGCCAUCACCGAUCUUGUGUGGAUUGCUUGCGACAAUAUCUACGGAUAGAAAUCUCCGAAAGCAGAGUUAAUAUCAGUUGUCCAGAAUGUACUGAACGGUUUAAUCCCCACGAUAUUCGCUUGAUAUUAAGUGACGAUGUCUUAAUGGAGAAAUAUGAAGAAUUUAUGCUUAGACGGUGGCUUGUGGCAGAUCCAGAUUGUAGGUGGUGUCCGGCACCAGACUGUGGAUACGCUGUGAUAGCCUUUGGCUGUGCCAGCUGUCCAAAAUUAACUUGUGGGCGAGAAGGCUGCGGAACAGAGUUUUGCUACCACUGUAAACAGAUUUGGCAUCCUAAUCAGACCUGCGAUGCUGCCCGGCAAGAGAGAGCCCAGAGUUUACGUUUGAGAACUAUUCGUUCUUCUUCCAUUAGUUACAGCCAAGAAUCUGGAGCAGCAGCGGAUGACAUAAAGCCUUGCCCACGAUGUGCUGCCUAUAUAAUAAAGAUGAACGACGGGAGCUGCAAUCACAUGACGUGUGCAGUCUGUGGUUGUGAGUUUUGUUGGUUGUGUAUGAAAGAAAUCUCAGAUUUACAUUAUUUAAGUCCGUCAGGAUGUACUUUCUGGGGAAAGAAACCUUGGAGUCGAAAGAAGAAAAUACUGUGGCAACUGGGAACCCUUGUUGGUGCUCCUGUCGGAAUUGCUCUCAUCGCUGGCAUUGCUAUCCCUGCAAUGAUUAUUGGCAUUCCGGUGUAUGUGGGCCGGAAGAUUCACAAUCGAUACGAAGGCAAGGACGUUUCAAAGCACAAACGGAAUUUGGCCAUCGCAGGUGGGGUGACUUUGUCUGUGAUCGUGUCCCCAGUAGUAGCUGCAGUAACUGUAGGUAUCGGUGUUCCUAUUAUGCUAGCUUAUGUCUAUGGCGUUGUUCCAAUUUCUCUCUGUCGAAGUGGAGGUUGUGGAGUCUCAGCAGGAAAUGGAAAAGGAGUCAGGAUUGAAUUUGAUGAUGAAAAUGAUAUAAAUGUUGGCGGAACUAACACAGCUAUAGAUACAACUUCAGUAGCGGAAGCAAGACACAACCCUAGCAUAGGAGAGGGCAGUGUUGGCGGUCUGACCGGCAGUUUGAGUGCAAGUGGAAGUCACAUGGAUCGGAUCGGAGCCAUUCGAGACAACUUGAGUGAAACGGCCAGCACCAUGGCUCUCGCUGGAGCCAGUAUAACAGGGAGCCUGUCGGGGAGCGCCAUGGUGAACUGUUUCAAUAGGGUGGAAGUCCAAGCAGACGUGCAGAAGGAGCAGUACAGUCUGAGUGGCGAGUCGGGCACAGUCAGCCUGGGCACAGUUAGUGACAGUGCCAGCACCAAAGCAAUGGCAGGAUCUAUCCUGAAUUCCUACAUCCCGCUGGAAAAGGAGGGCAACAGUGUGGAGGUGCAGGUCGAUAUCGAGUCAAAGCCCUCCAAAUUCAGACACCACAGUGGAAGCAGUAGCGUGGAUGAUGGCAGUGCUGCCCGAAGUCAGACUGGCGCUUCGUCGAGUGGCCUGCCUGAUGGUAAAUCCAGUGCCACCAAGUGGUCCAAAGAAGCAACAACAGGGAAAAAAUCAAAAAGUGGCAAAUUGAGGAAAAAGGGUAACAUGAAGAUCAAUGAGACCAGAGAGGACAUGGACGCCCAGCUGUUGGAACAGCAAAGCACAAACUCGAGUGAAUUUGAGGCUCCGUCCCUCAGCGACAGCAUGCCUUCGGUUGCAGAUUCCCACUCGAGCCACUUCUCCGAAUUCAGUUGUUGUGACCUGGAGAGCGUGAAGACCUCGUGCAGCCACGGCUCCGGGGACUGCCACGCCCGCUUCGCUCCUGUGAGCAGCCUUCCCGAAGUGGAGCACGACCGUCUGGAGAACUCCCCCCAUCAGUGUAGCAUUGCUGUGCUCACCAAGAUGGCUCCGUGUUCCGAAGUCCCACAGACGAAUCCCGCUGCUGAGGAACACACCGGACACAGUGGAUUGGUGUCCCGUGUUGACUUAUAUUAUGCUGAUGCCCUAAAAGAAGCCAAUAACAAUCAUCCACACCAGACAUUGGACUUGAAAGUUGCAAUUCAGACUGAGAUUUAGGCCUCUGCAUGCUGCAAGAUGCUCACCACUGAACGACCGGGUGGGAAGCUGGUUGAAUGACCUGUGACUAAGUUUCAAGUUACCAGCAAGAGCCCGGUUUCCUAAUCAGAAAGCAGAUAUAUUUUAUGUGUUCAGCAAAGCAUUGUCUGUCAUGUGGGUAUUAGUUACCAAACUCUGAUGAAGGCUUUAAAAGUGCAUUAUAAGGACAGUAACUCUUAGAGAGUGAAGCAGGUCUUGUGCGUUUGCCACAAAACACUGCUGGAAGCACCUACGUGUGUACUUAGAUAGAAACGUGGCUUAACUUAUAAUCAGUGUAAAAUACUAACAAUAACAUUCUUAUGAAGAAAACUUGACGCUUAGGGAUCAGUGGUUAGUGACAUUUGAUUGAGACCACUAAAAGGAUACUGGCUAGAAGAACCUUGCAGGUUGCUUUUAGUGUAGUCUACUCCUUGUAACAUGUUUUCUUCAUAACUGGGCAUAAAUUUCUUUUUUUUCCUUAAUAUGCAAUGUGGAUAUAGAAAGCUUAAUGCAGCCCAUUUGCUACCAUUUGGAUACUUAGAUACUUUGAGCAAGAUUGUGGCAGUUAUUGCACAACUUUGAAAUAGAAACCUGGUACUCUGUAUAUCUUGUGUAUUAUUGACGCCAUCUUAGAAGAAAACUGUAAUGGUAGGUAAAUAAGUAUACUGACAACAACAAAUAAGAUCUAUCCCGCUGCAAAAUAAAAUCCCAGUCCUUUAUAAGUAUUAAAAAAGCAAGCCGCCUUUCACUGAGGGGAGUUUGCACCCCACUGGAUUCUCAGUGCCUUCGUGGCAGACUGGCCUGUAAGGACCUAGUCAUCUGAGGACUCUGCUGUGUUGUUCACCGCUCUGUCCUCUCUAGCCACCAUGGGUUAUGUAGAAAAUGAUAAGAAAUCUACGAACAUGAAUGUGAUUACUAAUAAUGCUGAAAAAGUAUUAGCCUACCAAAGACACACUCAGGCUUUCUUGAAUAACUUGACAUAACCUCCGUUUCUAAACGCAUGCGUGUCUACGCCAAAAGCAAGGUCAAGAGCAUGCUGCUGAGCUAGGCCGAGUGCAGCGUGGGAAGGGGGCCCCUCAGGCCGUUGGGUUUCUUUUCUUUCACUUCUGUUUGUGGCAGGUGUUCAGCAGACGUAAGGAGAAGUUGGCCAAAAUACUGCCUGCCUUUUCAUGCCCCACUCGGGGCUUCAAAAAGUCCACGGAAAAUUGGAAUUAAAAGAUAAUGGCGUUUCUUUCUCACAAACUCUUGAGAAGCGCCCUUGUAUAAUUUACUGAAAGCAGGAUAAUAACUUCAACAACAGCAGUGAAAAUGUCCCAUCCUGUGUUUGUUUUUUCUGAGUAUUGCCAUUCUGGUGCUACUGAGCAUUUUCCUUUAAGAAAGAGGGAAAUGCCAUGGGCUGCAGGCUUCUUCCAUCACUUUGCCUCAUGGGUCCAGGAACACGCUGAUAACACUAGUGCCAGUUACUUCAUUGGAUAAUGCUUCUUAGGGCAUUUGUAUAUGUGUUGUUUGCAUUCCAGUUGUGUUCAGUAAUGAGUGUGUAAAUUGCAUACAUUAAAUAAAUGUAAAUACUAAUGUA